AUGCCAUCCUUUGUCAACGACGACAACUCUCCCGUUCACGCCUACAAUGCCGGUCUUGUCCACCUAGACAACAGUCAUCACGAGUACGACGACGAGCCCCGGGACGACGCUUACGUGGCCCACAAGCCAUUCUCCUCAUCUCUCGGCCACAGCUUUGAUCGCGAACAGCCAACGCAUGAGUCCUUCGACGACAACUCAUCGACUGAUUCUUCCACUCGCCAACCGCAUAUGACUGGCGACUAUCCACAAGCGCUUCCGAACGGGGCUCAGUCCUCUCGCACGCGUGGCGCCAUGCCAAUGAAUGGCGAUGCUGGCCAUUUGGUGAAGCCUGCCGUCGAGGGCGGCCACUCUAGUCCUGUCAGCGCCCCUCCACCCAUACCCUCGCAGGGCCAGUCCUCCGGACGGACCUACCCAGAGUUCAGUCACCUCAGAAACGCAGGACCUCCGCCGGUACCACGCGACGAUAUUCAGCAGAAUGGUCCGGUUUCCCAAAGUUGGUCCCCGGCAGCACCAACCCACGCACCUCCACCAGUACCGACUACGAGCAUUCAUGGGCCAUCCGUCUCUCCUGCACCUCCUACGCCCGGGGGAAGUCUGAAGCACCGCCACACGUUGGAAGUUCCCCGCCCUCAGCCAGGUCGCUCGUCGCUCUCCAAGGACACCAACGUGGACUCGGUGGCUUAUGCCAGUGGGCGCUUUUCGCCGACUGUUGGCAAUGGGCCCGGAGUUGGUGCGCGGCGAACAUCAUUGAGCCUUGCACGCCGCAACACCCGCUCCGUCCAUUCGGAAGUGCCUCGCGAGGACGUGAUUCCGGACGACGAGGCAAGUAGGUGGGCAGAAGCAUACCGCCAGAAGCGGGCCAAGCGCCGGAGGAAGGAGGAGGAGGAGGAGGAUAAGGUCCUCGUCGGCACCAAGGUCGACGAGAGCCAUGCGAACUUUACCACAGCAUACAAUAUGUUAACAGGAAUCCGUGUCUCUGUCUCUCGGACGAACGCCAAGCUUGACCGGCCCUUAACCGAUGCCGACUUCGAAACUAAGCAGAAAUCGACGUUUGACAUAACCGGCAACGAGCUUGUGCCGUCGGCAAAGUACGACUUCAAGUUCAAGGACUACGCCCCCUGGGUUUUCCGCCAUCUUCGGGCGCUCUUCCGUCUCGAUCCCGCAGAUUACCUGAUAUCCUUGACCGGCAAAUACAUCCUCUCCGAACUCGGAUCUCCUGGCAAAAGUGGCAGCUUUUUCUACUUCUCGAGAGAUUACAAGUACAUCAUCAAGACUAUCCAUCAUGGCGAACACAAGUUUUUGCGGAAAAUCCUCAAGGACUAUUACAACCAUGUUACCGACAACCCGAAUACCUUGUUAUCACAAUUUUACGGACUGCACCGCGUCAAGACUCCAUACGGCCGGAAGAUUCAUUUCGUCGUAAUGAACAACCUCUUUCCGCCACACCGGGACAUCCACACGACCUUCGACCUCAAAGGCUCCUCGGUUGGGCGCGACUACAAGGAGGAAGACCUGGAGAAGAACCCUCGGGCCACCUUGAAGGAUCUCAACUGGCUGCGCCGGAAGCGCCAUUUGGAGCUCGGCCUUCAGAAGAAGCACCUCUUUGUGCAACAAUUAGAGCGCGAUGUUCGACUCAUGCAGAAGCUUGGGAUCAUGGACUACUCCCUCUUGAUUGGGAUCCAUGAUCUCCGCAAGGGCAACGAGGAGAAUCUGCGAGAGAAGACGUUGCAAGUGUUCCAACCCGGUGGUGAUAGUGCCGCGGAUGACCCUUCUCAAGUACUCAUGCGCACCCCCUCGAAGCUUGAGAACGCGCGCAAGGCAAAAGAGCUGCGGCAGAUGAUCAAGGCCGAGCGACCCGUGCCGGUGGGCGAAACAAUGAACAAGAUGCCUGAUAUUCUGGAGACGACGCAUACACGCGGGCUCUUCUAUUCAGAUGAUGGCGGAAUCCGGGCGACCCACGAAGACGGCCAGCCAGGCGAGGAAAUCUACUACCUCGGAAUCAUUGACUGCCUCACACACUACGGAAUUAUCAAGAAGUUUGAGCACUUCUGGAAAGGCUUGUCCCACGACAGGACUCAGAUCUCGGCUCGCCCACCCCACGAGUAUGGUGAGCGGUUCCUCAACUUCAUGACUGGCAUUACCAUGUCACCCGAGGAGGCGGCUCGGGAUGCGCAUGAUCGAGAGGCUGCCGCGGCCAUGGCCAGCUCUGCAGCCGGGCCAUAUAUUCCAUCGGAACCAAACUAUCUCCCACCUGCACCACCGGAAAUGCGCAGUCCCGGCUCGCCGGAGCCCAAUCCUGUUGUUGAGAAAGCCUUGCUGGUUGCGUCCAGAACAGACAAGGAUGCAGACAAAGAAGGACAUGUUCCCGACCGCAAAAUCACGACCAGUAUACCGCCACCGGGCCGUACGAACUCGAACACGAUAUUACCAGUAGUCGAGGAAAGUGCCGAGGCCAGCUCAAUUGGAGGGCGACCAUUCACGCCACGAGAGCGAGCAGAUGGAUACACGGAUCUUGCCCCAGGCGGCUUUGGUGGCAGAGGCCCGCCAACACCGCCGAAAUCAAGCUAUAUCGACACAGUGCCUGGCAGAGCUCGAAGUGGCAGUGGCAGUGGCAGCUUUCACGGCAAACUCGUAGACCGCACGAGUCUCGACAAGGCUUUGCCGCCAUUACCCAGAUGA